UUGCUAUUAUAGAAAUUAAUGCUUUUGUUGAAAUCAACAAAAAUCAAACAAUAUUUAACAAACCGCUGCAAAAUGUUGUUGACGACAAAAAUGGUUAUUAUAUGAAACCUAUGGUAACAACUAAUUCAAAUUAUCGACGGGCUGCAUUUUUCCCCACUGGAUAUAAUCUGAAUAACCCUGUACCAAAUACUAAUACUAAUAAUGUAAAUUACAGAAACAAUUAUAUUCAACCUGGAUCAAAUAAUAAUGUACCCAAUUAUAAUAAUAAUCAAAAUAUGCCAAAGCUAUUAAUGAGUAGUAUAUUUGAAGUAAAGGGUUGUAAUGGUCAUAAUGCCGGCAAUUUUACGUCCGUAUUGUUUAUUGAUAGACAACAGUUUUGUACGGCUAAUGGAUUUACUACACAGACAACUGUCACCGAUAUUAAUACAAUAACCGAAAGAGUGGCCAAUCAGCUAAUUGUCAAUGAGUUGCAAAUUAUUAAAAUAUUUGUAAACCGACGACCAGGUUAUGUAGUAUUAGAGAUAUUAGGACUGUCCAAAAAGGGUACCUAUUCAUUGGAGGGUAGGUUUGUAUUUAUACGGGCUUUCUUUAAUGAGGGACAGGUAACACAAAAAUGUAUGGCACAGACAAAUACUAUAGCAAUCAAUAGCGAUAAUAUUAUACUAAAUAUUUUGAUUAUUGAGAGCAAUAAUUUGAUAGUUUGUUGGACACAACCGCAUAAAUGCUUAGAUAUUGUCCGCACGAUUACAACUACUACUUGUCAGGGAAAGGCUGUUAUCGGUUAA